UCUCUGUAAUCGUUUAGGUACGUAAUUGACCAGCGUGAUACCGCUCAAGCUGUUUUGACAACUCGAGGCAGUUUGGCCGCAGCUGUGCAAAAGUAAUGGUUACGGACAGCAAAAUGAUUACGGACGUACAACUCGCAAUAUUCUGCAACAUCCUGGGAGUCGCACUAUUUUUCUUAGUGUUUCUCUUCCACUACAUAAAUGCGAAUUAUUCAAAAUAAGAAAUGGAAAAUUUGUUAUUCGCAGUUUUUACCGGGACGUAACAUAACCUCAUCGAAGCAUUUUAUGUUUCUUCAAUAUUGUGAUCACAGUCCAUUAGGCAAGUUACUUUACAAACUUGGAAAUGUCAGAAUGUUUGUUGAUUAUAUAUUACGUAAUUUGAAAAAAAUUUAACAUUUAUCUUUUUCACAUGUGUGUAAUAAUUUCUAAAAAAGAAUAAACCAUAUGGUUUUGUUUAUCGCAGUAUAUGUAUAUUCUGUUUUACAUGCAUAUAU